AUGGGGUUGUUCAAGAAAAAGAACAACCAGGUUCAACCUUCAAAGUCCACCCAUUCUUUGAACAGUUCAGCCGGAUCCAUGACCCAGUCUCAACUGAAUUUGGCGAUAAUGGACAUGCUGAACUUAUCUCAGACAACAAAUAGCUGUGAUUAUGUCUGUCGAGGAAAUCCAAUCACUGAAUCUGGAAAGCGGAAGCAGUUAUUGAAAAUGCUGUCUGUAGUUCUUCUACCAAUGGCAAUAUUGGUAGGCAUGACGGGAAAUGUCUUUGUCUACACCAUCAAGAACUUCAUAGAAGCAAAAGAUACAAGAGAUGCUCUAUUUUUCUCCAUUGAACUUGGCCAAAUGAUGAGAUACCUACAAAGAGAACGAGAUAUGAGCGCCCUCUACAUAAGCGCCAUUGGCCCAGACACAAAAGAAGUUCUCCUCAGAAGAUACCCAGAUACGGACAUGGCCUUGGAAAAUUUAUCAUACUGGCCCGUCAGUAAGAAAAACGACAGGAAGGAGUUCCAAUCAAAGGACAAGUUUCUGUUAUUUCUAAACCGCCAUCGGUAUCAACUAGAUCUGUACAACCGAACAGUCAAAGAGGAGAUGCUUUUCUAUACAGAUGUUAUCGAUAUAUUCAUCACUUGGCUUUAUGACGCUGUGUCGGAGGCAAGAUCUGGCUCCAUUUGGAAAACUUUGGUAGCCUAUCAAGAAAUCAUUGUUGCAAGCGAAUACAUUGGGCGGGAAAGAGGCAUGGGUGUAACGUAUUUCGCCUUCGGAGGCUUCAGAAGUAAAGAAGACUAUCUGCUGUUUUUGGAGGCACAAGAUAUCGCGAAUAUAACAUUUAUGUCGUGUCGGCGAUAUUCCGAGUUAGCUUACAGCAUUUAUGAGACUCAACUUUUGAAUAAUGAUUUGAUUUUAGCUCCUGUGCGAUCAAUGAGGCUUCAAAUUCGAUCGAACAAGAGUUAUCAAAGUGAGGGAUCACUAGCUAAAGCAAAUGAAUGGUUCGACAACAUGACUGUAUACCAGGAUAUCGUUCGAGAAACACAAAAGGCCCUAGCAACGAAGAUAAAUGAAAUGUUGACGGUGAGAAGCACAGAAGACAUGUACACCAUUAUAACGAUUGCUUGUAUCUUUGGCGCUGUUUUCAUCGUCUGCCCUUUGGUGAUCGUCGGUGUAUACUUUCUGACGUCGGAAAUCCAGAAAUAUUCCAUAUCCAUUGCCAAUAGAACAAAGGCGUUGAACAAGGAAAAGAAGAGAACAGACACGCUGCUCUACCAGAUGUUGCCUAAAUCUGUGGCAGAACGUUUAAAGUGCAAUGAACAAGUGGAUGCCGAACAUUAUGAUCAAGCCACCAUCUUUUUCAGUGACAUUGUUGGAUUCACAAAAAUUUCUUCCUCCAGCUCUCCAUUGCAGGUCGUUGACAUGUUGAACAGUCUGUACACUUGUUUCGACGAGAGAAUAGAAAUGUACGAUGUUUACAAAGUGGAGACUAUAGGAGACGCCUAUAUGGUUGUAUCAGGUGUACCAAGAAAGAACGGGAAACAGCACGCAUCAGAGAUUGCCAAGAUGGCCUUUGACCUUGUGAGAAAACUUCGCCAUCUAGAAAUACCUCACCUUCCGGGCAUCAAAUUCAGUCUGCGUAUCGGCUGUCAUUCUGGUGCCGUGGUGGCUGGAGUAGUAGGGAACAAGAUGCCAAGGUAUUGUUUGUUUGGAGAAACAGUUAGCGUGGCCUCAAAAAUGGAAUCUCUCGGAAAAGCAAACAAAGUUCACCUGAGCGAGACAACAUUUGAUCUCUUGACCUCUAUUGGCGGAUUUACAAUGCAGGAAAGGAAGGAUUCCAUUGCAAAGAACGAUAUCGACCUACAGAACGCCUUUAAGGGAAUCGUUCGCACGUAUUGGCUGGUGGAGGUGGAAGGGGUGGAUACUGACUCGGAAUCUGUUCAUACAGAUAACGACGAUGUGCCUCACGAGAGGCAUGCAGGUUCCAAGAGCUUCUGGUUGCAUUAA